AUGCUGCCCAAGUCCCGGAGAGCCCUAACUAUCCAGGAGAUCGCUGCACUGGCCAGAUCCUCCCUGCAUGGACCAAGCCCACUGCCAUGGCCCAGGGUCGAGUGGCUCACCUUAUUGAAUGGAAGGGCUGGAGCAAGCCAAGCGACUCUCCUGCUGCCCUGGAAUCAGCCUUUUCCUCCUACUCGGAUCUCAGUGAGGGUGAGCAAGAGGCUCGCUUUGCGGGCAGGAGUGGCUGAGCAGUUUGCCAUUGCAGAAGCCAAGCUCCGGGCAUGGUCUUCAGUGGAUGGUGAGGACUCGACCGAUGAAUCCUAUGAUGAGGACUUUGCUGGGGGAACUGACUCAGACAUGGCUGGGCAGCUGCCCCUGGGACCCCACCUCCAGGACCUCUUCACUGGCCACCGAUUUUCCCGGCCUGUGCGCCAGGGCUCCGUGGAGCCUGAGAGCGACUGCUCGCAGACAGUGUCCCCAGAGACCCUGUGCUCCAGUCUGUGCAGCCUGGAGGACGGGUUGCUGGGCUCCCCGGCCCACCUGGCCUCCCAGCUGCUGGGUGAAGAGCUGCUUCUUGCCAAACUGCCCCCCAGCCGGGAAAGUGCCUUCCGCAGCCUGGGCCCCUUGGAGGCCCAGGACUCGCCCUAUAACUCGCCCCUCACAGAGUCCUGCCUUUCCCCCGCCGAGGUGGAGCCCGCCCCCUGCGAGGACUGCCAGCCGCUCUGCCCACCGGUGGGCAGCUGGGAACGCCAGCGGCAAGCCUCUGACGUGGCUUCUUCUGGGGUGGUGUCCUUGGGAGGAGGAUGAGGUGGAGCCAGAGGAACAGUGACACAGAUCAUGCCUGGCGGUGGCACAGCCGCUGUGCCCAGUUGUGGGCUUGAGGCUUCCAGCAGAGCUCCAAAGCCUGGGGGGCUCCUGGGAGCACUUACUCCUCAUUGUGUGUUUUGCAUGAAAGUGUCUAGAGAGGAGGCAGGGACCAGGCUGGGGGCGCAUGUCCAGCCCCCACUCCUGGGGCUUGCCGGGGGUUGCCCGGGGCCCCUGGGGCAUGGCUACAGCAGUGGCAGAGUGAUGUUCAUGUUCUUAAAUCAAAAACGCCACAUAUUUCCUCCUCUGAUGAUGUGAACCUCUGAGGGGGCAGUUAUGACUGGGCUACGUGGGAUAGAAUGGGAGGGAGCCCGGCCUCCCCUGCCCCUCCCCCCGCCUCUCUCCUCUGCUUCUCUCCUCACCUCCAAGUCCGUGUACCGUGCUUGAUAGAAUCACCCCCACCCAGGGAGCCUACGGAUCGAGCCGUCCCCCAGGUCCCUUUCCCAGCUGGGCUCAUCCUGUGCUACACCUCUCCAUUGUCUCUAAAUCUUUUUUGUAAAGAAAGAGGGGUUUUGGUCUGUUCUUUCAGUCGGAUCUUCUCUGGGAGGCAUUGGAAUGAUGAAAGCGUGCACCCCCACCCUUUUCCUGGCCGCCCUGAAGGGGUCUGGGCCCUUUCCCAGUCCCUUGUAGGAUGUGUGGGCAGGGCCCCGGUGGCUCCCAGCCCACCAGGUUGCUGUAGGGUGGAGUUGGAAGAGGACAGGGCUCUGGUUGCUACAGAGCCGUGACUUCGAUGUUCUUCCAGAGAGGGCCACCAGGGGGCCACACGGGUGGCCCUGAGCAGGGCAGGAAUUGUGCCAACCGGUGACAGUCUUGAGGGAGUGCCUCUCCUUGGGGAGGAAGGAGGGCAGUGCCUUUUUGGCUGAAGGAAAGGCCGAAGCUACAGUACUGGGGGCAGCCAGGGUGUUGAUGGCCAAGCAGUGGAGGCCUCUGCAGAUCCUACACUCCAUGGACAGCAGGCUCUGGAGUUUUAUGGCCAUGGGGUGUAGGUGGCUAGAUUUCAGGCCUUGUGGGCUUUGGCAGGUAAGAGGGCCCAAGGUAAGAACACGAGCUGAUGGGCACAGGCAUUCUCUAUAUAAGUGGCUCAUUAGGUGUUUAUUUUGUUCUAUUUAAGAAUUUGUUUUAUUAAAUUAAUAUAAAAAUCUU